AUGGCUUCACCAUCGAAAGGCGCUGCUGUCACCGCUGCAUCUAUCGCUUCUAGCGCCGCAGAAACUGUUGCACAGUCGUCGGCGGCUGCCGAGACCAGCAGUGAAACAUCUACGACCCAACCUACUACAUCUUCAACCUCAACGACCACUUCGUCUACGGCUGCUCCCACCACCACUUCGAGUGAACCGACUACCACCAGUACUACCACGAGCAGUACUAGUACUAGUACUAGUAGCACGUCCACGACUCAGCCUACCACGUCGACCACCGAGCCUACGUCUACUUCGUCCACUACCACGUCCACUUCUUCCACUUCUUCCACUUCUUCCACGACAACCGCCCCGUCCACCACCUCGAGUGCUCAGGAGGUCACGAUUACAUCGACACAGGGAACUACCGUAGUUGUUAUCACGUCCACCCAAAUAGCGGCUAAUACCGGUGCCACGUCCGUCACCUCUUCUAGCGCAACCGAUUCGGCCGCGCUCGCAACCUCCACUUCAGCAGCAAGCUCCGGCGGUCUUUCUCCUAGCGGCACAAUCGCCGUGGCAGUCGUUGUCCCGGUUGUCUCAGUAGCAGUGAUCAUCUUGGCACUUCUCUUCUUCUGGCGUAAGCGCAAGGCGACUAAGGCGGCCGAGGAGGAGCGCCGUAAGGAAGUGGAGGAGUACGGAUUCAACCCAAACAACGACCCAACCCUCCCCGGCGUUGGAGGCGUUGUGAUCCCCAAGGACAACGAAUCCUCCGGCUACCGCGGCUGGGGAACCACCUCAGCCGGGCGCAAGGCGUCCACCAACCUCUCUAGUGGAGUGGGUGGCCUAGCCAUGUCGGAAGGAAGCGGCCCCGGUUAUCACCACGGCCCAACACCCAGCGAUGGCACCGUUCAAUACUCCGAUGGCACCCGACCCGACUCUGGCGAGAUUGUUGAACCCAUCGGCGUGCUGGGUGCUGUCCCAGUGGCUGCGAACAACCGCAACGGUGACAUCCACCGCGGUCCCUCCAAUGCAUCCUCUGCUUACUCCGCAGCCAACCGUUCUGAUGCAUCGGAGGAAAGCCAUAUGUCUGCUGUUCACCCCUCAGCUGGCUACUACGGUGAGAACCCGUACUACGGCGACAUCAACACCCACGGCGCAUACGGCGGCGAGGACUACCAGCCCGUAAUCCGCGACGUCCAGGCGCGCCGUAAUACUCGCAUUGAGAACCCUGGUGUCUAUCCCCGACAGGGGAAUGCCGGUAUCGCGCAGAACUUCUGA